CCGAUGGGGCUGUGCCUGCACCCGGUCUUAACCUAGGCUCGCGGGACGCUAAAACCCUAGCCAAAACCCCCACGCUUCUACCAUUACUCGCGUAUAAAUACAGCAGUUAUUAUUAUGGGCAAAUCUAGCAAGAAAUCAACCCCCAAAGUUGACGCAGCCCCUGCUGUAACCCCUUUCUUGAAGUCUGCAAAGAAAGGUAAGAGAGAAGCUGAAGAAGCAAUAGAGAAGCUUGUUAGUGCAAAGAAACAGAAGAUAGAUGAGGGAGUAAAACAUGCCCUUAAGAAAGAAAAGGUUGAAGUUAAGACUCAUAAAAAGAAGAAAGAGGAGUCCAGUAGUUCUAAUGACUCUUCUUCUGAGGAAGAACUGAAGGCCAAAGUUGUAUCCACAAAGGAACAAAAGGCAAGAAAACCACCUGUCCAAGAAUCUAGUAGUGAAGAAUCCUCUUCAGAAGAAGAGGCUCCCCCCAAAGCUACUCUUCUUUUGAAGAAGCAGCUAACAGCCGCAAAAAAUGGCUCUGUUGGUGCUUCUGGUACAAAAGGCAAGGAGAAUAGCAGUUCAGAUUCUUCAGAUGAUGAAUCUGGUGAUGAAGAGUUGAAUGUUAAAGGUGCAGCCAAGAAAGGUGUCAAGGCUACAAAACCACUUGUUGAUGAAUCUAGCAGUGAGGAUGAGUCCUCUUCUGAUGAGAAGCCUCAUGCCAAAGUUGCUCUGCCACCAAAGCAGCAGUUAGAUGCCAAAAAUGGGACAGUUGGUGCUCGUCCUAAGAAAAGCAAGGAUGAUACCAGCAGUUCAGAAUCUUCAGAUGAUGAAUCUGAUGAGGAUGAGAAAAAGUCUUCUCAAGCUUCCCAAGUGAAGAAGUUGCCAGAAACUGUCACUAAAAAAGCAUCUCAUACAAGUUCUGAGGAGUCGGACUCAGAUAGCUCCUCAGAUGAGCAAACUGAGUUACCUGCAAAGGCUUCAGCUCCACAGAUUGUUCCACAGGGAACUACCAAAAAAAAUGCUGAACCAAGUAGUAGCUCUGAUGAAAGUGAGAGCUGUGAUGACAGUGAUUCUGAUGAAGAAAAGGCUGCUUCUGCAAAGGCCCCUGCUUCUAAGAGGGUUGCUUUACCAGCUACAAAUAACAAAGCUCAAUCUAGUGAUGAUUCUGAUGAUAGUGAUUCUGAUAAGGAUAAGGGCACAACCACAAAGGCAAUAACAGCUGUUUUGAAAGUGCAGACAUCAGAAAAGAGUGACGGGAAUGGCAGUUCUGAAAGCGACUCUGAUGACUCUGACUCUGACUCUGACUCUGAUGCUUCUGCAGCCAAGGCUGCUGUUGGUUCAAAAAGGCCAUCUUCAGUGGCUCAAACUAAGGAAUCAAAAAAGGUUAAGAUAGCUCAAAAGGAAAGCAGCAGUUCUGAGGAGAGCUCCAGUGAUAGUUCAGAUGAUGAAGAAGAAAGCGAGGAUGAUAAACCUGUGAAAACCCCAAAGAAAAAUGGCGCUGAUGUGGAAAUGGUAGAUGUUGCAACUCCACAGGCAACUGCCAAGAAGGCUGAUUUGCAAUCUGCUAAGAAAGCUCCCAAAACUCCAGUUACUCCUGAGGUUCAGUCUAUGGGAUCAAAGACAUUGUUUGUUGGCAACUUACCUUUUCAAGUUGAACGAGCUGAUGUGGAAAGUUUCUUUGAAGGUGCUGGUCAAAUUGUUGAUGUGCGCUUUGCUAUGGACAACGAUCAGAGGUUUAAGGGCUUUGGACAUGUUGAGUUUAGCACAGCUGAAGCAGCACAGAAGGCUCUUAAAUUGAAUGGUCAAAGUUUAAAUGGCCGGCGACUUAGACUUGAUUUGGCACGUGAAAGGGGUGAAAGGGGUUCGUUCGCACCUUAUAGCGGCAGCAGAGACAAUAACUCAAUUCAUAAGGGAGGGAGAGGCCAGGCUCAGAAGAUAUUUGUCAGGGGGUUUGAUAAGUCCCGUGGUGAGGAUCAGAUUAGGAGUGCCCUUGGGGAGCAUUUUGAAGCUUGUGGAGAGGUUACUAGAAUAUCUAUCCCAACAGAUUAUGAGACUGGUGCUAUUAAGGGGAUGGCUUACUUGGAAUUCAAGGAUGCUGAGGGUUUCAACAAAGCUUUAGAGCUUAGUGGCAGUCAAUUUGGAGAUCAGUACUUAACUGUUGAAGAGGCAAAACCACCAAGGAGUGAUAACCGUGAUGGCUGGGGUAGUGGCAGCAGUGGAGGCCGAAGCAGUGGAGGGAGGAGUGGUGGUAGAGAUGGUGGUGGCCGUUUUGGGGGUAGAGGUGGUGGUCGUGGCAGAGGACGUGCAACACCCAAUAAGCCUAGGGUGACUGCAGCUGCCACAGGGAAGAAGACAACAUUUCAAGAUGAUGAUGAGUGAAGGUAGAGUAGAGAACAAUUGAAGUAUGUUUGCCUAAUUUGAAGUGUUAAUUUUUGGAAGCCUGUUGGCCCACAAGAUUUUGUUUGGUUUGUUGACUUAGCAUCAGGUGGUAUUUGAAUUUCCAUAUUAUCUUAUACUUAAAUGGGUACAAUGAUAGUUUGUAAUUUCCAUGAUUAUUUUCUAUUUAUUCAAAUGAAGUUGGUGAUUGCUUGUA